AUGGAUCUCUUGGAUCUCACUGCUGCUGUGCUUUCGCAAAAAUGCCUAGACCUGUUUGACCGAUGCCUCGGCUCUCCAUCUCAGACCAAGGAUGAUGGGAAGAACCAGCCCUCAGAUCAACCUGAAACGCCGUUAGCGGAUGAACACCUCGAGUACAAACUAGCAGACUUUAAUCUUUGGAUCGAUGGCAUCGGAGCACUGGCUUCUGCAAGAGCCGCGCUCGACUGGAGGCUCAAUGAACGGCCCAUUGACCUAGCGCUGGUCAAAGGAAACCUGGUAAUGCUGUACCAGUCCUUGGAAGACUACGCAGACUUGCAAGAAAAGCACCAGAGUCUCGACGAAGCCCUACUCGAUAUCGAGUCGGCUCUGGGAAGUCUCGCAUCCCUUGCACUGGCUGUCCGACGGACUGGAAAGCGGUCACGACUUCACAAAGCCGAUCGCCUCUUCAAUGAGGAAGAACAUUGCGAGCUGAAGCAACACCUGGAGUGCAUUGCGGUUCUACGGCCUGAGGAAAGAGGAUAUAGCAACCACAGGUUCAGGCAGAAGCUUGAGGCAUUAACGCCUAUCCAGCAGCGUCUGGUGGCAGCCAACUUGCGACGAAGAAAUCGUUUUCUGCAGGCUCGACGACAUUCAACUGGUCUCAAACGGCGCAAGCCCGAAUUAUCAUCCAUUUCGGAGGAUGCCAUCACCCAAGCACAUCAACCAAUCGCUUCGCCAGACCUGGAGAUUCCCAUCCCCACCCAUCCUGUUAUCGAACAAUCACCCAAGCUUCCCAAGAGUAGCGUUGCUCCCACGAUAUCAGGGACUUCAGCCUCAGUCCCCGAAAGUAAACUCAGAUACACCGACCCAGCACUCAGGAAGCCAGAGGCCUUGACACCCAGAACCGAGGUUACACGUAUCACGGCAAGCGCUCACUAUCCGCGACCCCAACUACCUGACGAUAACCAGCACAUGUUUCAAUGCCCUUGCUGCUACCAGACCUUGCCAGUUCAAGACGUGAAGACAAAUCCUAGAUGGAGGAAGCACUUGAGUGAGGACAUCUGUCCAUACACCUGCGUCGCCGAGGGCUGUCCCACUCCAGACGUCUACUACAGCACAAGAACGGCGCUAGAACGACACAUUCGGCAGGACCACUCACCUACCUGGCAAUGCCCCCUAUGUGAGGAUGAACCACAGUUCACCUCCAUGACGGACAUGAUGGAGCAUCUCAUGGCCUCGCACCAGGAAGCUUCUGAAGGUGACGACAUCUCUACGCUCAUAUCUCUCUCCACGCAGAGAAAGAUAGGCAUAGAGGCCUGUCCACUCUGUGAUGUGGAAGGAGUUGUUGAUUCUCCGGAGCUGAUCGACCAUGUCUUGGAGCAUGUUCAUGAUUUCUCUCUUCGUUCACUUCCAUGGCCAAGGUCUAGUCAUAUCAACCCUGGAGGCGAGGUGGGAACUUUUGACCUCGGGCAUAGCAAAUGUCCCUCUGUGAUCCAGUGGCUGAGCGGGCUUUCGGAUGUAGAAGGCCCCAGACGCCUGCAAUUAUCCCAGUUCGAUCACAAUCGAGUCGCCAUAGUGGAGAGCCAGAUAUCUCCCUCCCAAGAGUACGAUCUUCCGGGCGAGAUUUGCUUUGCGGAUGAGCAUGGAGAUGAAUCGGCUGCUGCUGAGACAGACAUCUCACGACUUACUCAAGAAACGCUUUCAAGCUCCGAAAUGACCAACAAUGCCGAAGAUGCAACCCAGGAUCCUGAUAUUGCUUCCAUCGAACAGCCAACAGAUCAAGACGAAAACCAAGUUGCCCCUGAGAGCACAACCUCACGGUUCCGUAACAGAAUCAGAAAGGUCUUCAACCUAGGAACGGCGAAACCAAGCUCCAGUGAUACACCAAAAUCUGCGGCUACACAACCAGGCCUGAAGAGCAACACCAAUCCGCAUCCCCCCAUGUACAGAGCCGCUGUCGACUUGUUUAAUCGUCUGAAGGACCAGGAAGAGACGCUCUCGAUAAUCGCUUUUAACAGAUUUCUCAGGCAACAGCAUCCGUCGGGUCACGAAUACGACGAGGUGUUCUCCAUCAAAGAAACAUACGGCUUUUCUGCGUUCUAUCAGGCCUGGUUGGACUUAGGUACCAGCGCUCAAGGGCCUCUCCAGCCAAAAGACCUUUCCAGGCCCUUGACCAACUACUUCAUCAGCAGCAGCCACAACACCUACCUCAGCAAAAACCGAAACCAAACCGCCUCCAGGGCCAGUGCUGAGGCAUAUCGAGAUGUUCUCAUGCAAGGAUGCCGAUGUGUUGAGAUUGACGUUUGGAACGGAGAUUCCGUUGAGCCAAAGACGCAAGACCCUUCCCGAGACCAUCAGCCAGACACCUCAACAAGCAGGGUCAGGAAACUGCGCAAAAAACGACCGCAGCUAGAACUAGGCGAGCCUAUCGUCACUCAUGGCUGGAAUUUGACUGCCCCGUGCGGCUUCCGUGAAGUAUGUUCCGUCAUUGGAACUUCGGCCUUCGUGAACAACGAUCUACCCGUCAUCGUCAGCCUCGGGGUGCAUGCAGAUGCCGAGCAGCAGGAGGUAAUGGUAAGCAUCAUGAAGGAGGAGUGGGGGGAACUUCUUCUUGAUGAACCUCUCGAGGAUUAUGAUCCAAGAUUCCGUCUUCCAACGUUGGGUGAUCUGAGGCGCAAAAUCCUUGUCAAGGUGAAGAAGAGCCGUGCUCGCGUCAACGAUGGCUCAAGCGACUCAGAAAACUCGAUCCACGGCCAAAAUCCCUUCAGUGAUCCGGAUCCUAAAGCAAAGUCAUACAGGAUUGUCAUCUGUCAGGCCCUCAGCGAUCUUGCCAUUUACACACACAGCGAGGCGUUCCGCAGCUUUGAUACCUCUGCAGCGAGAAAGCCAUCUCACAUAUUUUCUUUGAACGAAACGAGACUACUUGAGCUCAAUUCGAUGGAGGAGAAUAGGGUGUUUACUCACAACAAACAUUACUUUAUGCGCUGCUUCCCAUCUGGGCACAGGCUUGACUCAUCCAACCCUGAUCCAUCCCUCUUCUGGAAGCUGGGUGUCCAGAUGGUGAGUCUGAACUGGCAGAUCGAGGAUCAGGGCAUGAUGCUCCAUCGUGCCAUGUUUGCUGACGAGGAUGGGUGGGUUCUCAAACCGGCCGGGUAUCGAAGCACCGAUAGGCAUAUCGAAACUUGGCAUGAUGCCAUACCCAAGGGCAUAAUGAAUAUCGGCAUCACUAUUUUUUCCGGAUUUGACAUUCCGGAGAGUGGUGAAGAUGAGCAAGACAGCAUCGACCACGGGAAGAGAGUUCUUUGUCCUCAGGUCAAGGUCGAACUCCACUGUGUUCAGGAUGAGGAUGAGGAUGACGAGAGCAAGUACAAAUUCAAGACAGAGACCGGCAAGACGAAGGAUCCCCAGUUCGGUGCCACUGGAUCAGCCCUUUCGUUUGUGGUCAACAGGUCCCCGCCCGAGUUGAGCUUUUUAAGAUUCAAGGUCGUGGACGACCAACAGUCUUAUAUUGAUCCAUUGUUGGGUUGGGCGUGUAUCCGUCUGGACCGCCUUCGUGAAGGAUAUCGUGUCAUCGAACUCUUUGAUUUUCAGGGGCGUAAGACUUCGGGAGUUCUUUUGGUCAAGAUAUUCGUGGAUUUAUAUAAAAAUAAAUAG